GCUCGAGCCAGAGGAGUAAUUCAAUAUUGCAGACGGAAAUGGAGGAGAACAUUGGCAGUGGCCAUGAGGUGCCGUCAUACAAGAGGAAAGACAAGUCAAAGUGCUCCUGCUCAUUGGAAGUGACCAGUGCAGAACCAAAGGAGGCCCAAUGGACUGAAGCAGACCUGCACCAGCUCAUGAACCAUGGAAAGCAAAUGAAGGAGAACGAGGUGUUCCUGCCAGUUUCCACCUAUGACACCUUGCCAGCCAUGCAGGCACUGCAGGACGCUGCCCUACCAGAGCAGAGCAACGACGCAUUCCACGCACUGCGCCAGGGGAAGGCCGGCCAACAUGGGGCAGACGAGGAGGUGCCCCAAUACGAUGUGACACUGAUGGAAGAAAAACUUCAACCGAUAGAACAGCAGCUUCAAUAUCUGCUGAAAAAGGCAGAGGAAUUUCAGACACACCUGGUCUACAGCAGAGACAGAAUCCACAACGAGGAGUUUGCAAGGGCUGUGCCCAUCUUCGUGAAAACCUGCCAGCCGUAUUUUGCCUACCUGGAGUCUACAGCAAGGAGCCUCCAUUCCGACAGGAAGCCUCUCCCCGAAUACAUCCAGAAACGGCUUUUGCAGUUCUCCCAGCAGCUGGCCUCGAGUCUGGAGCAGCUGGUUCUAAUGUAUGCAUCCUUCGGCUUCAUCUCGCUGGAGGAGACAGACCCUUGCAGCAUCUCCUACUUCUACAGAGGAGAGUUCCGCCUCGGCCAGUGGUUUCGCGUUUCCAUCUAUCGAUACUGUAUGCCGGUCCCAUAUACGGUGGCAAGGGAGCCAAGCCUGCUCUUCAAGAAAAUCCGCUGGAACGUGGACACAAGUGAAGGGACGCCCUUUGGAGAUGCAACUGAACCCAGCACCGAGUAUUAUUUCCUGUGCUACAAGGAGGCAAGUCAAGUGAUGACCAUCCAGCAACAGGGACCCAAAGCGGGAACAUCGACAACGGGCAAGAGCAGGAGACUGUGGUCCAUCGGUCGUUGGGUUCAGGUGGAACCAGCCCCAGAGGAACCAGACCUCCUUUGCUGGUUUCUGUACAAGCAACCCCGUGGAGACUAUGAGCUCCUCGUCACCAUUGGGUUUGAAGAACCAACACAGAUUGCUGCCACGGACCUCCUGGUGGACAUCCUGAUGAGUCGGCGGGAUGUCAGCGUCCCUGGGAACUGCUCCUCCUCAAAACCAAAACCAUUCCCUUACCUACAGGUCCUGGGUCACCUGGAGUCGGCCACUACCUGCCAGGUUGUUUCAGAUGGGCUCAGCGCAGAUGCCUUUACAAGUUGACUUGGCCUCGGGGGGGAGCUAUGGCCAAUACUCAACUCUCCCUGGAAUGGAUGCUGGGCAACUUCGAGUA